ACGGUGCUUGUGCUGGUGGUGGUCCUAGGGGUGCGCGACGUGAGGACGUUGCCUAACGAGAGGCAGGCGCAUGAACUGAUGCUGCUGGAUAAUCUGGGAAAGAGGGGUGGAGUGUCCGGAAGUGACCAGGAGACCAUCGUGGAGAUGUUAGGGAGAAUGAUUCCGCAGUCCUGCCGCUUUCGAGGUGUCAAGUACGAGUGCGGACUGAGCAUAAGCUGCGUGUUGGGGGGCGGCCGACCUCUAGACCUUUGCUCCGGAGGGAUGAUCUGGGCGUGCUGUGUCGACAGAGAGACGUCCCAUACACCUACUCACCGUCCUGACGUAGGUGUCCUCAAUAAUGCUAGUUGCGGUGAGUUCCACACUAGGAUGAACAGAAUAGUCGGAGGACAUUCUACAGGAUUCGCAUCACAUCCGUGGCAAGUUGCUCUAAUCAAAACGGGAUUUCUGACUAAGAAAUUGGCAUGCGGCGGAGCGCUACUGAAUGAGAGGUGGAUCGUCACAGCGGCGCAUUGCGUGGCCACGACCGCAAAUGGGAAUAUUCGCAUAAGGCUCGGGGAAUGGGACGUGAGGGAUCAAGAAGAGAAACUACCUUACGAAGAAUUCUCGGUAGAGAGGAAGGAGGUGCACCCGUCGUAUUCGCCGUCCGAUUUCAGGAACGACGUGGCGCUCGUCAAACUGGAUAGAAAUGUUAGAUUUAAGCAGCAUAUUAUUCCUGUCUGCCUACCCUCCCCAACCCUGAAACUGCCUGGAAAGAUGGCCACGGUGGCAGGAUGGGGUAGAACGCGGCACGGCCAAGCCACCGUACCCUCGACCCUUCAGGAAGUGGACGUGGAAGUGAUACCAAACGAUCGAUGCCAAAGAUGGUUCCGGGCUGCCGGAAGAAAGGAGGCCAUACACGACGUGUUCCUCUGCGCGGGAUAUAAAGAAGGUGGAAGAGACUCCUGCCAAGGGGACUCUGGAGGACCACUGACGAUAACUGUGGAGGGCAGAAAAACCCUUAUAGGGCUUGUGUCUUGGGGAAUCGGAUGCGGGCGGGAGCAUCUUCCAGGCGUAUACACAAACAUACAGAAGUUCGUGCCUUGGAUAGAUAAGGUCAUGGGCUGA